AUGGCGUACAGCCAGUUUCCUCCGCGGAGCACGUCCUGUGCUGCCCCAGCCGUUGGGGCUCUCCACCCCGGGCCACAGCCUCCUGGCGCCCCCCGGGCUGGGGCAGCCGGGCCGAGGAGUGUCGGUGUGGUCCGGCUACGGGGCGGGGCCGGCGGGAGCUCCGGCCGCCGCCGCCGCCGCCGCCGCUGCUGCCUCCGCCUGCCUCUCGGGCCGCCCGCUCGCCCGCCGCUGGGUGCGCUGCACGCGGGGGGCAGCCGCGGUGCAGAGGUUCAUGCAGCGGCGGCGGCGGCGGCGGCUGCUGCUGCUGCCGCCGCGGAGGCAGACAGACCGGGCGCUGCCACCGCCGCCCUCCCCCGGCUCCAUGCCGCCGCCGCUGCCGCCUCCUCCUCUCCGGCGAGGGGCGGGGGGCUCCGGCCCGGGGUGGGCACCAUUCCUCGCAGCGCCGCUCCCCUCCCUGCCCUCGGCCCGGGCGCUGGAGCCGGCGAGGGCACCCGCUGCCUCCUAGGAGUGCACCCUCCGCGCGCCCUGCCGGAGCGAGGGGGCGGGCGUGGGCGGGCGUCGGGGCAGCGGGGACCCCGCGCGGCUGCAAGAGGAGGGGGCUUCCCCAAGGAUGCCCGGCGGCUCCCCGCUCCUAGGUGCGAGCUGACUCUGACCGGGAGCGAGCGGCGCGUCGCCAUGCCGGCGUGACGGGCGCCCCCGGCUGCCCGCGCGGGCCCCCGCGCUGCCCCACGCCGCGCCGUGCCGGCACCGGGCUGCAGGAUGGGCUGUAUCCAAAGCAUCACCUGCAAGGCGCGGAUCCGGCGCGAGAACAUCGUGGUGUACGAUGUGUGCGCCACCAUCGACCAGUGCCCCACGCGCAUCGAGGAGACCUCGCCCAUCGUCCUGCGCUACAAGACCCCCUACUUCAAAGCCUCCGCCCGCGUGGUCAUGCCCCCCAUCCCCCGCCACGAGACCUGGGUGGUGGGCUGGAUUCAGGCGUGCAACCAGAUGGAGUUCUUCAACACCUACAGCGACCUGGGCAUGUCUCCUAGUAGGACAAGGAAAGCCCAGCAAGCACAACCACAUGGCAGAGACUGAGAAGGAGGAAGUGAGCAAUGGCUGGCGGCUCCAGAAGCUGAAUCCCUGGACAGCUGAUUUCCCAUUAAAAUGUGUGCCAUCCUGCCUACCUCCUCGCCUUCCUCCCGUCCCGUGACCAGUCCCUCCUACCCACCCUCCACGAGCCAUGUGGCACUUGCCCUGGGCUGACUGGGCUGCCUGCUUAGCCCAUGGGGAGCUGUGUUGAAGUGAGAGUUGUGCCUGCUGUAUCUUUUUGUGUGUGGAAAGAUGGGGUUCAUUCAGAUCCCAAGUCCUUUCCCCAACCCUCAAAGUGAAGCCUCCUAGGGAUGAAGAGCUGGUCAGCCUGGACUUUAAAUACCUAAUGUGGCCCAGCCUUGGUUCCCAAACCCUGCCUUCCCUCCCUAUGCUUUUGGGUGGGAAACGGGGGAUUUGUAUCUCCCUUCCUCCUCCUUCUCCAUGUGGGUGGCCUCUCUAGGUUUCUCUGUGUUCUCUGAUCCUUGGAGAGCCAGAGCCAAGGCAGUCAUCUUGUUCCCCCUUCCACAGCCAGGCUGGGUGCCUUCAGGUGACCAGGGGCAGAGUGUAAGUCACCAGGAUCAAUGGGGUGAGGGGAAAACCACCUUAAGAGGGAAAAAAUGGUGUGCAUUGGUUUAUUUAUUGGUUUAUUUAUUGGCUUGCUUACUGAUGUAUUUAUUUAUAUUUAUUAUACAACACAAAAUCCAUUUCCAUUUUUUAAGCAUCAGCCCCAGAAUUUGUCUUCCUGGGCCCAUAGAGCACAGUGAAUUAUUUCUCUUUGAAGCUUCAGAAUAGAGAGGGAAAUUUUUCUCCUUACGCCCAAACACCUCCACCUCAGCCACAUUUUCAACCAGACAUGGGAUUAGAAAUCACCAGCUAACAAGGCUGUAAAGUCACACAAAUCAGCAGAGGCUUGACUGUCUAGAUAGCCCUCAGAAUCCGGCCUCCACCCCAACCACCUUGCACCAGUCCUCUCAUUCUCCUUUACUCAGGUGGGGAUUGACCAGCCAUCUUCAGCCUAACAGUGCAGAACAAAACUUCUCAUUCUGCUCUGAUGUAGUAUUCUAACAUCAGAUGCACGUUAGAAUCAUCUGAGGAGCUUAAAAAAUAUCCAUGCCUGGUCCCCUGCCCAAACCAAUUAUAGCAUCGAAGGGUAGAUCCUGGGCAUCGGAGUUUUUUAAGUUACCCAGAUGACUCUAAUGUGAAAAUAGGGUUGGAAAGUUCUAGUAUCACCUCUCCCUUGCCCCUCCCCACCCAGAUUCUUUCAUCUCUACUUCCCAAGCUUUCUCUGGAGUCCUCUUCUCGUUCCUCCAGCCCCUUCUCCUCUCUGCACCUUCCCCAUCAGCUCAGCCAACCAUAGCAGAUCCCUGGAGAGGGGGCAGGUCCCAUGAGUGGUACUCUGAGGCUGGUUCCUGCAUCCAGCCUGGGGGCUGCUCCCAAACAAUUUCCAGCUUUUCUAGGAGCAGAAACCUACUCUCUGCAAGAUUCUCUGUUCACCUGCACCUUCUCCAGGUUCCCAAACUCCAAAAGUUUAAAGGGCACUUUGGCAACAUUUCUGUCUCCAAGCCCCAGUCUUGAUGGUAUGGCCCAUGUAAGUCUUAUAACCCAAGCCUUGGCCAUUUCUGCAGAGCCACCUGAGUUGAAUGAGGAUCUACUGUUAACAGAGAAAGGGGUCACAGUGCUCCCCCAGCAAGUCCUUUUUCCAACAACGAACCUCCUCAGCCAUCUAGGAUUUGGAUCCACAAUGCAGCAGCUACUGUGCAUUCAAAUCCUAGAUGGCUGAGAAGAGGCAUCUCACCCUUCACAUCUACAAGAUCUCCACUGCUGGGUAUGAGUAAAUGUGUGUGUGAGUGCGUGUACACGUACAUGUGCACACACUGUCUACAUACAAACCAUCUAGAUCUAUAGAGAUGCCAGGCUUCACUUUACAUGUGAUUACAUUUUACAUGAAAACAGUUGAGGGCUUUCGUUAUCUUUCACUUGAUGGAGUUUCACUGUAUUAUGUUCAUCAUGGGCCCCAGUGAACUCCAUAUCAGCUAUAUACAUAGAACGUAUAAUAUAUACAAACUGUUAGACACACUACACACACACACACACACAUACACAGAAAGCCUAGGGAAACCUGUGAUGUGGGUAAGUUCAUUUUGCCAUCCCAUCUCCUCCAUCUAAGUAAUUUCCCGGGGCAAGCAUUGUUUCACACACUCCCCUCAGCUGCCCAGCCAUUCCCUCUCCAGCGUCCCAUACCACCAAGCCUUCUUUCCCCAUCAGUCCAAAUGUCCCUGCCCUAUGUCCCAUCUCUCAGGGUCCUACUCUCUGAUAGGUGACAGUUCAGUCAGUGGGUGCUAAAGAGUCGAGUGUUACCCUUCCCAGGUGACAUUUACGUUUUAAUAGGGGCUACAGAUAAUGCCUUAAUCAGAAAGAGUGGCUGUAGUGGUGGGAAUUUCAGGCACAGAAGUGGGCCAGUAAGGGAGAUUCUUUUAUAUCAGGAGGGCAUUUUAGAGCCCCCGAGUCAUACCUGUCUGUAAGCGCAGCCCUUCAUAAGUGCAUGAGCACAAGCAAGCACACUUACCUACAUUAUACCCUCCAUAAUUUUGAGAUACCUCCCUUGCAUUGGCCCUAUCUUUAAAAAUGAGAAAAAAAACCCAACAAAAAACAAAAACAAAACAGGGAACUAGCUAAAUUAAUUUAGAUCUCACUGGGAAACGUAGCCUAUUUUUUCACCGGCUGCCAGCCAUCUGGCCCACCCCACCCUGUUCAAUUUCCCUUCUGCUCUUUAUCUUUUCAGCUAUGACCGACUAUAUCAGUUAAUUUACUUGUACGUGUCCUCUCUGCUGUCUCCUUACCCUGCUCCCCUACACCAUGUAUUUCCUUCCUUUACCAUUUCCUCCUUGGAAUUGUGCUGUGUUUCGUUGUCCUGGAGGACAGAAGAGCAGGUUAAGGCAUGAGCAUGUGUGUAUCACUUUGAAGAAAGAGAAACCAGGUAUUCUGCUACAGUUUGGAGAAAAACCCAAUGAAGGAAGAAAUGAAAGCUGGCUCUGCAGAGUGCCUUAAAAAUGACUUUAAUUAGGAAAUUCUGAGUUGUCGGUCUUCAGAUGUUACAUAAACUCAAACAGAUGUUGCAUUUCACUUCUCUGGGAUUAAAAAAAGUUAAAUACAGUGUGUAUUCAACAACAACAACAAAA